AUGACCUCCUUGAGCCUGAACUUGCUGCUUGCUACGAGCUGCGAGGCUACAUGUAGUUACUCUUUUGAGACGCUCUUCCCUUCCCUUAUUCCAUCUCAACAUCGGGACCCUAGAGUUGCACUAUCAAAGUGCACCACCACAUACCGAACAAGGCAGUACCUGGUGCGUGAAAAGGGAACCGAAUCUAGACUCGCUUUAUGCCCGAUCACUACUCUAAUAAUCAAGUAG